GUGGUUGUCUUAAUUAUUGAAACACAGUGCAAAAAUUAUACUGAAGCUCUAAUACACACAGAAUACAAUAAAUUAAUCACAAGGAGGAUCAUUGCUAAGAGGGAAAUUAAUUGUAACCUGGAUGAAUACAAUUUAGGUGAUAAGUGUUGCAAGAAAUGUGAACGUGGUUUUGUUAAAAAUAUUGGCUGUCCAACAGAUACUAGCAAACACUGUGUUCCAUGUGAAAACGGAAAGGAGUACAUAGAUCAUGCUAAUGAUUUGGACAAGUGUUUGAGAUGCUCUUCGUGUGACAGCAUAUUUGGUUUGGAGGUUGCACAGAACUGUACCCCAGCACAGAAUACGGAGUGCACCUGUGCAAAGAACCAUUUUUGCAAUUCUUCUGUACCAUGUAGGCACUGUGAUCCAUGUACCAUAUGUGAAAGUGGCAUAAUUGAAAAACAAUGUACUUCAACUUCAGACACUGUGUGUGGAAUGAAAGUGCCAUGGUGGGCCAUUGUUUUGAUAAUGGUGUUAGCACUAUUAGGAAUAGCUGGAGCAAUAUUCUGGUACAAGAGAAAACAGAAGGGUCUCACUAGCAAUCAGAACCUGGUUGAAGUAGUCUCCAAACCAGAGGCUUCUUAUGAGAAUGUACCGCUCAUAAACACAGAUGUUGACCUGAGCAGCCACAUUGCUGGUAUUGUGGAGGAGAUGACACUCCAAGAAGUCAAGACAUUUGUUCGCAGCCACAAAGUACCAGAACCCGUCAUAGAUCAAACUCUUCGGGAUUAUGUUAAUGAUACAUCUGAACAGAAGAUUAAGCUGUUUCAAGCCUGGUAUCAAAGACAUGGCAUAAAAGGAGGAUAUGGAACCCUAAUAAGCAGCCUGAGAGAGCUUAAAAUGUGCACUACAGCUGCUAAAAUUGAGGAAAAACUGAAGGCAGCUGUUUCCAGCUGUCAGGAAGUGGGACAGUCUUAUAAUGAUGACACUGAGCAAAGCAAAACCUGCAGUCUGGAAGGUAGAAACUCUUACAAUGAUAGUACUGAGUUAACCAAAACCUGUUCUGGUAGUUUGGAAGAGACAUAG